AUGUUUUUAUCCCGCCAGCUCUCUCCAGCGAGCUCGCUAGCUAGCCGAUCUUUCUGCUCAACCUGUCGACUCCUUCAAGCUCCAAAGAGGCUUGGCGAACCAUCUUCUCAGCCCUUGCGGACAAGAUCGUCCGACGGGACGAGUUCUGCCAUUGACGCAAGUUCUGAAAGACGUCCGCGGACGCCUAAGCGUGAUCGCCAGGUGGACAAGUCCAAGUCCCAUGCCAGGCAGAGCGGCUCUUCAGAACCAAAGCUAUGGAGAGACAAGUUACUGCUACUCGGUCCAAGUAUCGACAGUGGCCCGUUACGUCCAAAGAGGCCAAUCCCCGAUGGAUCAUCCAGAACCCAAAGAUCUCCUCGGGCGCUCGAUGGAUCGGCGCCUCGAGACCGAGAACGAGACAGCCGGGCGCCUCAGUCGAAUGCUGGUCCUUCUUGGGACUCGAUUGCCAGAGAGAAAGACAUCAGGUUCAUAGGUAUCGACCUCGGGACUGCGCUCCCCCGCAUCUUCACCUCCCGCCCCACCAUACAAUACACCACCCCCCUCUUCGCCAUCCGCCUCUUCCCUGCCUCAGCCCUCCCCCUCCGUCCCGCCCCGCCCUUCCCUCUGCAUGCUAUAGCGAGAAAGAGGCAAGAGAUGAAGGCAGAAGCGGCUUGUGUGUAUGCGGUGGUGAUUGCUAGUAAGGCCAAGGUGAGUAAACUGGCGGUAGAGCGAAACAAGGUGAGGAGAAAGGUUAUGGAGGCGAUGGGAAAAGUUGUGAACGCGCCAGGUAUGGGUAAGAACCUUGUCUCGCCAGAGCACGCAUAUAUCAUCUCUGCAAAUCCUGAAGUCUAUGACGCUCCUAUGGAAACCCUCGUGAACGACGUCGAGCGGUCAUUGGUGACUAUCAGGAAGAAGAUGGACAAGGCGGGCGAUGUGAAGAGCGGGGCGGAGCUGUGGUUGCCUGAGCCGAGAUACCUUUCGAAGGAUGGAAAGAGGUGGUAG